AUGGUGCAGCAGAGUCUGCCUGACCAAGAACAGGCCCUGUCUGCUGCUGCCGCCGAUAAAGAGGUUGAGGCUCUUGAUGUUGUCGAUGACGAUGUUAAAUCAGAAGCUGUAGCUACCAGAGAUACCCGCCAGAAAAUCGUCGACUUCGUAACAUGGACACCGCCGUGGUGUCGAUGGGAUCCAGAGAAGCCACCAACCUUCUCAGUAUGGCACAACAUCCUCUUCGCAUUCGCUGGCGCUUUCACUGUCGGCAAUCUAUAUUACAACCAUCCAAUUCUGAACAUUCUGGCUCGAGACUUUAAUGUGCCGUAUGUGACGGUGUCGCGGGUUCCGACGUUAAUGCAGGCUGGCUAUGCUACUGGCCUGCUGUUCGUGUGUCCACUGGGCGACCUGUUGAAGAGAAGGCCUCUAACUUUGGGGUUGAUCGCCUUUACGGCAACCAUGUGGAUUGGUCUUUGUAUAACCCCAUCAUUCGCAGCUUUCUGCGCAAUUUCGUACAUUUGUGCUAUCACGACCGUCAUCCCCCAGGUCAUGCUUCCUCUCGUCUCGGAGCUGGCGCCACCACAUCAGCGUGCCCUGGCGUUGAGCAUCACCACUUCCGGAAACCUUCUUGGAAUCGUCAUCGCACGCCUUCUGUCCGGCGUUGUCACGCAGUUCACUUCGUGGCGGAACGUCUACUGGGUCGCACUGGGCUUGCAAUACUUCAUCUUGGUUGCACUCUGGCUAUUCAUGCCCGACUACCCGUCAUCGAACCCGCAGGGGUUGAAUUACUUCAAGAUGAUCGGCGGCAUAAUACUUCUGUACAAGAGACACGCGGUGCUUGUCCAAGCUGGAUUAAUCAGCUAUUGCAUUUCGGCCGCCUUCACGUCUUACUGGACCACACUAACGUUCCUCUUGGCCGACCCUCCUUACAACUAUUCUCCCGUGGUUAUCGGUCUGUUUGCAUUGAUUGGCAUCGCCGGCAUUGUGAUGGGGCCUGUCUACGCCAAGUAUAUCAUUCAACCUUUUGCACCUCUAUUCUCCUGCAUGAUGGGCUGUGGUGCAAACCUCAUCGGAAUUAUCAUUGGAACAUACAGCGGCAAGCACUCGGUGGUAGGCCCAAUCAUACAAGCGUUCACCUUGGACAUGGGUCUGCAGAUUACGCAGGUGGCCAAUAGGGCUGCAAUACACGCGAUUGAGCCUAACGGGCGGAACAGGGUGAAUACAGCAUUCAUGUUGUGUACGUUCACUGGGCAGUUGACCGGCACCUCAGCAGGAGCCAAGCUCUAUGAGCACGGUGGCUGGAUUGCUAGUGGAAGCCUCAGCGUUGCGUUGGUGGGCUUGACCUUCGUGAUCUGUAUCUUAAGGGGUCCGUAUGAGGAGGGCUGGAUAGGCUGGGGCGGUGGAUGGGAUGUUAGGAAGAAGAAUCUAGCCGAAGCAACAAGCGGACCGCAGCCUGUGGCGGUCGCCGAAGCUCCACCAACUGACGAAGAAAAGAAAUGA